GCAAUCAUGAAUCCCAACGAUCCCUCUAGUGGGUUCCGGCACGGCAAAGUGUUAAUGUUCAUCAAUGAGCAAAUGUCCAAGCACACAAAAGGCCCCGAGUUCUACUUUGAGAACCUGGCGCUGUCCUGGGAGGAGGUGGAAGAAAAGCUCAGAAUCCUCCUGGAGGAUGGCGAGAUGCCUAGCCAGGCUCGGGAAGCCUGUGCCUGGGGCAGCCUGGCCUUGGGUGUUCGCUUUGCUUGGAGGCAAGGCCACUUGCAGGGGCGCAGAGUGCAAUGGCUUCACGACUUUGCCAGCCUGCACAGGUCAGCGGCACAUGCCUUGGCAUCAGACCUGAAGAAGCUCACAGACCAGCGAGAGAUUGAACGCAAGGAGGCAGCCUUCCAACUUCAGCUAGCCCACACCAAACUGGCAGAGGUGCAGAGAGAGCGGGACCUGCUGAGACUGAAGCUACUACACGCGGAGCUGAGGGCCUUUCCAGUUGCAGAGAUGCCAGUCGUGACUAGAGCCCCUGCUACUGCUCAAGGAGCAAAGACAGAGACACCAAAUGCAGACGAGAAAAAAGAGGUGACAGCUAGUGAUAAAGCAGUUCGUGAACCAGAAAAGGAGAUGGAAGGGGCUACAGCCAUGGCUGCUUCUGGGGAGCUGGCAGGCACAGGAGAGCUGGAAGGAAUCACCCUGGAUCAUUUUGGAGCGGUGGAGUGGAAAAAUUAUCCCUUGGGCUUGAAGGAGGAGGGAGAAAAGGGGAAAGAGGGGAAAGAGGGAGAGGAGGGAGAGGACAGGGAAGGGGAAGGCAAGUCUAUGGGAAUACCUACAUGUUCUGACUCUGAGCCCUUAGAUCUCAGCAGGUCCACAGGCUCCCCACAACCUGUUACAAUCCAACUCCCUGACUCAUUCACAUACUCAUAUGAAAGCCCCUUCCCAGUCACACCCACCCCAUCCCCGCCACUAAGCAUUGUCACAGAGCCUCAGAUGCCUCCCUAUUUCAUGGCCACUGAUAUGAAUAUGUCUGACACUGAGGGCCCAACAGUAUACCUCCAAGAACUCCCAAAAGAUAGUCAAGAUAGCCAGCUACAGAGAAAUAUGGCACUUCACAGGCCUGGGGAUUGGGAUUGCCCUUGGUGUAAAACUGUGAAUCUUUCAGAGAAGGAAAACUGCUUCCGAUGUGGGAAGCUAAGCUGGCUGCAAAGCCCUCAGUGAGUUCAGAAAUGUGAUACAGAGUAGAAAUUUCCCAUAGGGAAAUCAAUUCUCA